AUGGAAGAGGGCAAGACUGAAGACGUCCAGGGUAUUCUACAACUUAAUGUGCGAGGAUGUUUAUACACAGCCAGGCGUGAGUCUUUAUGCCGCUUUAAGGAUUCAAUGCUAGCUUCUAUGUUUAGUGGACGCUUUCCUCUAAAAGUAGAUGAAUCAGGAGCAUGUCUAAUUGAUCGAGAUGGAUACCUGUUUAAGUAUCUUUUGGAUUAUCUUCAUGGAGAAGUUCGGAUUCCUGAAGAUGAACAAAUUCGAAUUGCACUGCAGGAGGAAGCAGAUUAUUUUGGCAUCCCUUAUCCAUACAGUCUGUCUGACCAUUUGGCCAAUGAAAUGGAGACGUAUUCUUUAAGGUCAAAUAUAGAGCUUAAAAAGGCUUUGUUAGAUUUCUGCGAUUCUUAUGAUUUAGUUUGUACCAAGCCUACAGUUUGGGUCCUGCACUAUCUCAACGCUUCUGGAGCAAGCUGUGAAAGUAAAAUUAUUGGUGUGUAUGCCACAAGAGCUGAUGGGACUGAUGCAAUUAAUAAGGAGCUAGGAACAAAAAUUCAUAGUAAAAGCAUUUACAAAAGAGAAGCUGGAAAUAACGUCCAAUACAUCUGGAGCUAUUACUCAGUAGCCGAGUUGAAAAAGAUGAUGGAUGCUUUUGAUGCCUGGGAAGGGAGAGGUGUCAGCUACUGGAGAGUGCCUCAGGAGCUGAUUGAAUGCUGGACUCUUGAAGAACGCCCUUUGAAAAGCAGUUUGCAUCAUAUGCCUCCAGUUCAUAAAAGACGAUUAAUUGACUUUACUGAAGAGGAAGACUAUUUACCGUGUAAAGCAGGUCCCAAGCCAAUUAGAUUCUCAGGUCCCUCAACAAGUACCCAUAUCAAAGUCAAGAAUUCAGCUUCAUUAAAGGUAGCUGCUUGCAAUGCUUCACGUUCUGCAGUGACUCUUAAACGACCCAAUCAUGAAAGUUUGACGUUGCACAAAGUAGCUUCUGAAACUGUAUCCACAACAUGCACAUUGGUGCCCAGCAAUUCCCAGGUGACCUGUGGAAGGCAGAGUGCUGACAAUGGGACACCAUGUCAAACGCCGUUCAAGAUUGCAGUGUCUAGGAAGCCCGUAAGCAACCGUGUAGUAAAGCUGAAGCGAACUCCACUUUUUCUUGUGACGCCAUCUCAGCCAUCUUCUUCCGUGUCCAGUAAAACAAGUGAACAGGACAGUGCUGCUGUUGAAAUUCCUACUACUUCUAUGGUACUAAACAAGAAAGAACCAGCUGUAUUAGCAGAGAGUAUUAAGCUUAAGAAUGAUAAAGUGGAUGGAUAAUGUUUGACUCAGUCUGAUAGACUGGAUAGCUUUGCAUCAUCUGGUCAAAGAAGAGAUCAUCAUCUCAUGUGGUCGUUCACUCAAAGAUUUGGUAGAAAAUUAUGAUGAAAAAGUUCAUGAAAAGCAUAGGGAGAACUUGCUUUAAAUGAGCAC